GUUUGCAAGAGUGUUCUGAUCUGACGGCAACCAUCAUAAAUUAGUUUAAUACGAAGUCAGCGAGCAAGAUGAGCAACAAACCAAAGGCGCAAUCGGCCGGGGCUGAGCACACGCAGGUGCCGUUCAAGUUGUGGGGUGGCCGGUACUCGAAGACGACCGACCAUGUGCUGGCGAAGGUGAACAACUCGCUGGCGGUGGACAAGCGCCUGUACUCGCAGGACAUCGACGGGAGUAUCGCGUACGCCAAGAGCCUGGCCGAGGCGGGCCUGCUGACGCAGAGCGAGUACAAGGUGAUCGUGUACGGGCUCGAGACGUGCCGGAGCGAGUGGAGCAAGGGAACGAUCAAGCUGCUGCCCCGGGACGAGGACGUGCACACGGUGAACGAGAGGCGCCUGUUCGAGAUCAUCGGGCCGCAGAUCGCCGGCAAGCUGCACACCGGCCGGAGCCGCAACGAGCAGGUCGUGGUGGACAUGAAGCUGUGGAUGCGGGACGCGAUCGCCGACCUGCAGCAGCUGCUGCUCGAUCUGGUGCAGAGCAUCAACGACGUGGCGGAGCGCUACAUCGACGUGGUGAUGCCGGGCUACACGCACAUGCAGCGGGCCCAGCCGGUGCGCUUCAGCCACUGGCUGCUAAGCUAUGGGUUCUAUUUCCAGGAAGACCACAAUCGCUUCACCGAAUUCGGCAAGCGGAUGAACGUGCUGCCGCUGGGGAGCGGGGCGCUGGCCGGCAACCCGUUCAACAUCAACCGCCAUCAGCUGGCGGCCGAUCUCGGGUUCGACGGGGUGUCGCACAACAGCAUGAACGUGGUCAGCGAUCGCGACUUCGUGGUGGAGUUUAACUUCCUCUCCACGCUGGUGGCCGUGCACAUGAGCCGGUUGUCCGAGGACUUGAUCCUGUACGCCACGAAGGAGUACAAUUUUGUCGAGCUGUCCGAGGAAUACACCACCGGCAGCAGCCUGAUGCCGCAGAAGCGCAACCCGGACAGUCUGGAGCUGAUCCGCGGCAUUACGGGGCCCGUGUUUGGCCAGCACUGUGCCAUCCUGAUGACGCUCAAGGGCCUACCGUCCACGUAUAACAAGGAUCUGCAGUGCGACAAGAGCGGAAUGUUCGGGGUGUACGAUCAGAUGCAGCUCUGCCUGUCGCUGAUGGCCGGCAUCAUCCGGACGAUGCGCGUCGACGAGGACCGCUGCCUGAGUGCGCUGGGCUACGAAAUGCUCGCCACCGAUAUGGCCUACUACCUGGUGCGCCGUGGGAUCCCGUUCCGGGAGGCUCACCACAUCUCGGGCGAGGUGGUCGCCCACGCGGAGAAGGUCAAGAUCCCGAUCAACAAGCUGACGCUCGAGGACCUCCAGGAGAUCAGCCCGUACUUUGACGAAACGAUCAGCCGCAUCUGGAACUACGAGAACAGCGUCGAGCAGUACACCGUCGUCGGUGGAACCUCGCGACUGUCGGUCCAGGAACAGAUACGCGUUCUGCGAACGUUUGUCGACGCACGGUUCACCCACUAAAGGCGCUGUAGAAGGCGUGUGCGUACCACCCAACAAGACGAGACGUGUGUGUUUGCUAGUUUUAGAACAAUUUAUUACAUACA